AUCCUCUAGCCGUGCGCUCAGUGUCAAAAUGCGUGAAUACAAAAUCGUCGUACUCGGCAGCGGAGGUGUCGGAAAAUCUGCUCUGACAGUGCAGUUUGUCCAGGGCAUAUUUGUGGAAAAGUACGAUCCAACGAUAGAAGACAGCUACCGGAAACAGGUCGAGGUGGACGGUCAGCAAUGCAUGCUGGAAAUUUUGGACACAGCCGGCACAGAACAAUUUACCGCCAUGCGAGAUCUAUACAUGAAGAAUGGUCAAGGAUUCGUGCUAGUAUAUUCCAUCACUGCACAGUCGACCUUCAACGAUCUGCAGGACCUGCGGGAACAAAUCUUGAGGGUGAAGGAUACCGAUGACGUUCCAAUGGUGCUGGUUGGCAACAAAUGCGAUCUCGAGGACGAGCGAGUCGUGGGCAAAGAUUUGGGCAGGAGUCUAGCUUCGCAGUUCAAUUGUGCAUUCAUGGAAACGUCUGCCAAAGCUAAAAUUAAUGUUAACGACAUCUUCUAUGACUUAGUGCAACAAAUCAACAAGAAAUCGCCCGAAAGGAAGCCCAAUAAAAAGAAGAAAUCGCUCUGCGUUUUGCUGUAAAAAAGCUACUUAGGGACAAAAUGGACAAGUAUAAAUGUCGCUCUACACGCUC